AUGCAGGCGGGACCGCAGCGGAUGCAGCAUUCCCAGCCGAACAAGCAGCCGAUUUUCAUGCAAAGACAACCCCCGUCACCUCAACGCCAACAGCAGCAGCAGCCGGAGAGUCCGCAACCUGCAUCCGUGCGGCAGCGGUCGCAGAAUGGUCCCAAUCAGGAGGUCAUGACUUCAGGCCGACCUCUGGUUGGCGGUAGAGGCGGUCGAAAUCAGCCUCCUGGGUACGCCAGCGCAGAGCCAGGCGCAAGCGGCCCCCCGCUCAACAAGAUGCGGAGAACCCACAGCGAGAAGCAGAGCAGCGCGGGGAUCGCACGGGCGGGGGGAAGCGGAAGCAGCUCGGGUAGCGCGGCGGAAGAAGCCCCGCCUUGGGCGCGGGGAGUGCCCAGCGGACCCGCGGGUGGCGCAGGCGGAACAUGGGGAAGCGCGGGGGGAGCGAUGGGUGGAGUGGGCAGUCCUGGGCGCGCCGGCGGUGCGCCCCCGCUUGUGUCAAGUCCGCAUUACAUGCAGCAACCGCCGCCGCUGCACCCGCGGUCUGUAUCAGACGAGGACAGGGACAGGAUUUCCGCCAUGAACCCCCCUGCGGGCGCAGCUGCUGCGCGUAUGGCGGCCGCGAGUAGGCUGGCGCAGGCUCAAGCGCAGGCGCAGGCGCAGCGGGGGAACGCGGAGCGGGAGGAUGGAUCCGCGUCUGAUGGGGGGGGGACCGGGCGGGGUGUAACUAGCGCGGGAUACCGACCCAUGCCGCAGUUUCAGCAGCAGAACAGGGGCAUGUUCAAGGCGGAACGGAGGAGGAGCUUGGAUCUCUGCACGGAGAAGGUGGGCUCGCCAGUUAAGGGGGGAAUGCAGCGGAUUGGGUCGGGGGAGGCGCUUGUUCCGGUGCAAAGGGCAGGGCCGCGGUUGCAGUCAGAAGGUGGGGGGAUGGGAGCGGUGGAGGGCACGUGGGAAGCUGGUAGUGGCCAGCAGAAUCAGGCCCAUCAGGCCGUGCAGUUGCAAGGGCAGCAGCAACAGCAGCGCCUGCAGACGCAGCAGCAGCAGGGACAGAAGCAGCAGCAGCAGCAACAGAGCAUGCGGAGCAGCGCUGCUGGUUCAGGUGCUGGAGGUGCUGGUCCGGGUAGUGCUGGUUCGGGUAGUGUUGGUUCGGGUAGUGCUGGUUCAGGUGCUGUUGCCGCAGGCGCUGCUGGUACUGGUGGUAGCGCAGGGGGAGGGGGAGCGGGAGGGGGAUUGGGAGGCAGAGGAGGGAGGGGCGGUCGAGGUGGGAGGGGUGAGGUUGUAGGGAGGGGGAUGGGGAUGGGGGGAAGAGGGGGAAGAGCAGGACCAGGCUCACGUGUACGAGAAGGUGAAAGGGAUGGCGUUGUUGCUGGUGCUGGUACGGGUGCUGGUGGUGGUGCUAGCGCUGGUACUAGUGCUGGCGCUAGUGCUAGUGACAGAGGAGGGGCAGGGCAACAGCAGCAGGGUCCGCAGCAGCAGCAACAGCAGCAGCAGCAGCAGCAGCAGCAGCAGCAGCAGCAGCAGCAGCAGCAGCAGCAGCAGCAGCAGCAGCAGCAGCAGCAGCAGGGUCAGCGCAUGAGAAGGCUGUCAGCGUCGUCUGUUGGCUCAGCUGCCAGUGAUGCUAGCGGAGCCUCUGGCGCUAGGGGCGCAGCAGUUGUAGCGGGAUCAGUAACAGGAGUUGUAGCAGGAGCGGGGGAAGGGAGUGCAGGGGCGGAUGGCGGAGAGGGAGGAGGCAGAAGUGGGAGGGAAAUCACUGGAGGGGAAGGGGCAGCAGGGAACAAGCCACUCGUUGCUGCGACUGCUUCACGCAUAGAAUCAGAGCCUGCUGGAAAUAUUACCGUGACCGUCUUACGUUCCUCAGGUGCUCCAGGUGCCUCAGCAGGUGCUUCUGGUGCUGCUGCAGCUCGGCUAGACAUAGACCUGUACAGCCCCCUCCCUGGCGGCAGUUUCAGCAGCUCCGGCGUUACCGCUCUUGCCGCAACUGAUUCUCUUAACGGGACUGACAGAAACGAGUCAGCUACUAACGGGGAUGGCGAGCUAGACGCCACAGGGUUUGAAAGCGCGCCAAGUUCGAAAUCCCCCCAAAAAGGCAAGAAAGGGGCGAAGGGAGAAGGGAAGGUGCAGGGGAAAGGGAGGAGAGACGGAGGGGAGGGUUCAAGCGGAGGAUCAGCAGAUGCUGAUGAUUCGAGUGCAGGGGAGGGGGGCCGAGGAGGGGGCAGGGGUGGACAGGGAGGGAAGAGUGGAGGGAAGAAGAAGAGCGGGAGGACCAAGUCAGGGUCCGUGACAGGGAUGGUGACCCACAGGCGGGCAGCGUCGUCACAGGGCCAGGGGAAUGGCGCCGCUGAGAAGGUCUCAGCGUCAGAGGCGGGUGGGGGUGGCAGCAAUGGGGGGGAUCGUAUAAUUUCUGUGCCUGGCGGCACUAGGGACGCUUCUGGUGCAGCUGAUGCCUCUGAUGCUGCGCCUGGUGGUGACGACGCCCUUGCUCUCUACAGGGCCGGAUCCCCGUCCAUAGGCCAGCUGCAGCUGCUGGUGUCCCCAGCUGUCUUCUCACGAGUCAUCAGCUGCAACGCUGCUGCUGCUGCUGUUUUGAGAUGCCCCAGUGAAGACAUGCUGUGGGGCAACUCGCUCUGUGAAUCCCUCUGCCCAGACCACGUGCCUAGAUUCGAAGCGUGGCUGCUGCUGGUGGCACAGAUGGUGCAUUCAGCAGCGCUGCCCCCACACCUGCACCAGAAGCCACCUCCCCCGCUACAGCUCACCCUCGCCAGCCACGCCGGUGCUGCCGUCUCUGUUCAGCUCGUGGCCGUCCCACCCCUCACCCUCUCCCAAUCCACCCCAUCAUCUUCCUCUGCUGCUGCUGCCGCCGCCGCCGCCGUUGCUGCUGCUGCUGCUGCUGUGGCUGCGGGUGGCAGUGCUGCAUUAGCUGUGGCACCGCCUGAGCCUGGUGGUGACAGUGUCACUCUGCUCGUCCGAGACUGCCCCUCCUUACCUGCACCUUCUACUACCUCUGCUGCUGCUGCUGGGAAGCCAACCGUUGGUGGUACUGCAUCGCUUGCUGCUGGUGCUUCUGCCGACACUGCGGUUGCAGUGCAAAAGGGAGGAAGAAGAGCAAGUGGAGGGGGGAGCAGCGGGGCAGUGGGUCUCGCAAAUCUUUACGCUGCUGCUGCUGCCACUGCCGGUGCAGCAGGCAGCGGCAAAAUCCACCCCAAUUUAACCGACCUAUACACCCUUUCCGGACCUCCUACUAAUGCUCCUGCAGCAGCAGGCCCCCCCCUUCCCCCUGGCGCUGCUGUGUCUCUGACACAGCUAGGGGAGGAGGAUUUACAGGUGCUGAAGGCCCUUGUGAGGAAGGAGGUGGAGGAAAAGGUGGGGCGGGAGGCGCGGCAGCGGGCGGCGGAAGAGCUUCAGGAGGAGCUAAAGACAAAGCAUGCCGCCCUCAUGGCUUCGCUGACAAGGGAGAUUGCGAUGCCCCUGAAUGCCAUGGCAAGUGUGGCAGACUUUCUUCUCAACUCUCGCGCGCUAACACCUGACCAGAGGUCCCUAGUGCAACUCCUCCUCUCCUCUGCCGAAAGCCUCUCCCAAACCCUCGCCCGCCUCCUCAAGUCCCCCGAGGCUGACCCCGAGGCUGUUCCCGAAUCUGACGACGAGGAUGACGAGCCUCCGAGGCUGGAGCUUCGGGAAACGGACCUGCACCGAGAGGUGCGCGAGUGCGUGAGGCUGAUGGACGUGCAUGCCAAGGAGAAGGGCCUCGCCCUGCUGUGCGGCAUCGACUCCGCCGUGCCGCAGUUCAUCCUCUCUGACGGCCCCGCCAUCCGCCAAGUGCUGCACAAUCUCAUCUUCAACGCCGUGCAGCACACCGACAGGGGCGACGUGACAGUGUCAGUGCGCCUGGCGUCAGACAAGGAGGCAGAGGAGCACCGCGUGAAGCAACGCCGCAAGGACAGCGCUGCUGUAGCCACCUUCCUGGAGAGGACAGGCACCACUUACCUACUCUCACUAUCAGUGCGCUUGGCGUCAGACAAGGAAGCAGAGGAGCACCGCGUGAAGCAGCGCCGCAAAGACAGCGCCGCUGUAGCCACCUUCCUGGAGAGACGCAGCAGCAGCACUCGCAGAGGAGGCGUGGGGAUGGGCGGGGGAGGGGGAGGAGCGGGGGAGGAUGGGGCGGGGCAGGGCGAGGCAGGGUCGGUGCUGCUGCGGUUUGAAGUGCGGGACACAGGCAACGGGAUCAACGCAGAGCUGCUGGCUGCCCUUGUGCAAGAGCUGGAAAAGGUGCGGGACACAGGCAGGGGGAUCAAUGCGGAGCUGCUGGCUGCUCCUGUGCAAGAGCUGGAAAAGAGCAAGCCAUCCCCCUCGUCCCUGGCAUCUUUCCUCCUGGGUCGACCCUUUGCCACCACGGGCCUCGGCACAGUCCACGCUCUCAUCUCCCACGCCCUCAUCCCCGCCCCCUCAUCCCCCCCUUUUCCCCCUCCCUCCUUCCAGAGCAAGCCAUCCCCAUCCUCCCUCGCGUCCUUCCUCCUCAGUCGCCCCUUCGCCACCACAGGCCUCGGCACAGUCCACGCCCUCAUCUCCCACGCCCUCAUCCCCGCCCCCGGCACCGCCGCCGCCGCUGCCCUCGCCGCCAUCGCCCCUUCCAUCUCCGCAGGAGGAGCAGCAGGGGGAGGGGGAGGCGGGGCAGGGGGGGCUGGAGGAGCAGGAGGAGGGCUGGGAACUUUCAGCAGGUCGAGUAGUUAUUCGAGUGCGGCGGGGGUGGGGGUGGUGGGCGGGUGGGGGGCAGGAGCAGUGCACUUGCAGAGUGAGGUGGGGAGGGGCACGUCUGUGGUGUGUUUCCUGCCGGUGCCGCUCGCCUCGUGCCAGGACAUCACUCCUGAGGACCUGAAUCCACACCAGCCGUUGGACAUGGACGUGUGGACAGAGCUUCCCAACGCGCGGAUUCUCAUAGUCGAUGAUAUCACUCCGGAGGACUUAAACCCACACCAGCCGUUGGACAUGGACAUGUGGAGAGAGCUGCCCAACGCGCGCAUACUCAUCGUCGAU